CAAAUUGACUAACUCCCUUGCUCCGCAUUUGACACUCAACUCUAUUUCGAAAUCCUGCCCGAUUUAACACGUAGCAAGAUGUUGUUGCUGCUUGCUUUUCUAAUCAGUACAGCCGCGGGGGACUUGGCAGACCUUUCCGCGUACCAUAAGUGCACCAAAGUUAAUGGGAUAUCUGGUGCUUGCAAUCUUCGUCUGAAUUACUUUACACUUGCAGGUACUCACAACUCUGGAGCAGGAGCUAAUGGGCUGCUGUACUGGUACAGUGGACUACCAGCUCCUAGCUGCCUGGUGCGGAACCAGGACAAGUCAAUCACAGAGCAGCUGGAACUAGGGAUCAGAUACUUCGACCUGGAUCUGGCUCACAUCUCAGAGGACAGUGGAGAUUGGUGGGAGAAGGGUCUGGUGCUAGCUCAUUGUAACGAGAAUAUCGGCUGUGCUUACUCCCACUCUCUUAAGAGGGCUCUGUUGGAGAUUGAGGAGUUCAUGGGACAAAACAGGGACGAGAUAGUUCUCAUACGGUUUAAAGAUCACGCGGAAACUUCUAGAGAAUACAUCAAGAAACAUAUGGCUAAUGAGAUAUUAUCCAUAUUCCGAACAUCUUCUAAAGUCAGGAUCAACCCUGACUCUAAUCCACGUCUGGGGGACGCCAUAACCAGUAAUAAGAGGCUACUUAUACACACUAACGGUGGUUUCUGGAUGGGCAAACCCUUUAAUAGUUUGAGUCAAGUAGAAUCAUUCAGAGGAGGAGGGGCCACAUCUGCCUGUUUCUCUAAGAAAGAAAUCAUGGAUGUUUUUAAGAGUGAUUGGUAUCGAGUAACAGACGACUACUUCCCAGUUCAGGUGGACUGGUAUUUCACUUUUGGAUUGUGCCUGUGGGACUUGGCCGGACUAUGUGACGGAACAGAGUUACACACCAUUGUACAGAUCAACAGGGAGCUAGUGCAUGAAGCACAUCGACCUGUCAACUUAGUUCUUAUAGACUACGCAGGUCGAGGAGUCACCAGACUGUCAGAAUUUGUCAGGGAAAUCAACGAAGAAAAUGUCAAGAUAUUCACUUAA